AUGGGCUGUGAGGAAAGGAACGUCCAAUGGUACUUUCCGGCACCGCAUUACGACGUCGCCAUUCCUCUCAUUCCGGCCUGUCCCGAUGCAACGCUAGCUAAUGAGAUGGUAGUGCUGAUGGACGAUUCAACUGCACCGUUUGCCGCGGGCCUGCUGAAUGCGUAUGUUCUGAAUGGUUACAUGGACGGCUUUUGGAAGCGGCAGAUGGCAGACUGCAACAAUAUAUAUAUAUUGCAUGUCUGUCGUUGUUUCUUGUAUCCAAAUGGACCUACACAACGGGGUGGAAAUUGUGAUGCUCCGUUGGAUUUUUAA